AUGAGGGCGAAUCUGGCCCGUCAUGGUCGCCGUCUCCUCGUCCACCCGAAGGCUGCCACGCCAGCCUGCCUCCCCCACGCGAACGUUGCCCGACGACGGGCGGUCUCACGACCCCCGGUGCGCAGAGGAUUCGAGCGGACCUUGUUCAAUGGCUUGUUCCAGAAGCCGCCGCGGGAGAUCCGGCAGCCAGAGUACGAACCGGGUUGGAUGCAAGUCAUGGUCUGGCGGAGUCGGGUGCUGGAUAAUCUGCGGCCGCCUCGCAGGACGGAGUUGACGGACGCUUGGAGGAAGCUGAUGCGGUCCAAGCUGGAGCGGAGGGUGCCGAUGAACAGCACACAGGCUUUGCAGUGCUGUCGGUUGUUGAAAUAUCUCUCCGCGAGCCGGAGCGGCGGCGACAAUCAGCAGCAGCAGCAGCAGCAGCAGCAGCAGCAGCAGCAGCAGCACCAGCCGAACGAGUCGCUAUCUGCAGCCGACUUGGCCAUGGCCCGACAGGUUCUUUUGGAGAUUGAGCCGCAAGAAAGAACCAAAAAUCACAUCGAUUUCGCCAAAGAACUGCACGCGGUAUGGCUGUCGGGGAAUCACCCCCACGAGCCGCCGAGUGCCCAUGAGCUACAGUGGAGCUAUCUCGUCAAGAGUAUGUGCGAGUACGGCGCCGCGGAAGAAGCGCUACGGAUGAUCAAGGCAGAGUGGGAAAAUCCAGUCUACCGCGCACGCUUGGUCGAGAGAGAUUGCCUCUUAGAAUCCGUCUGCCGGGGCCUUGCAAGAGAGGGCAGGGAGCGGGAGCUUGUCGACGUGGCCAACUACGCGAUAGAGCACGGGAUCCCGUACGAUGCCGGCAUCCAAUGCGUCUUGGUGGAAUUCUUUGCUAGCAGAGACCGCGUGGCCGAGACUCAACACUGGCUGAAUCAACCCAUCAGUCAAAAGUACUCGCGGGUCCAGGUUUACCGCGCCGUGGCGUCUCUGGCCAGGCGAAAGAACCUACAAGAAUGGGCGGUGCCUCUCUUCCUCGAACUAGGGCAAUCCCAACCAGGACCAAAACACUGGGACGCAAUCCUGCAAUCGAUCCUGCUCCUGGGACGAGACCUACCCGAAGUGGAAGCCAUGAUGUCGCACAUGGUCGACCACAGCGGCCCGCUCAGCGCUACCACCAGUACCAUGAAUGGCCUGCUGUCAGUUGCCCUCGAGACGCGAGACACAAGGUUGGCGGAAAACAUCAUCGCGCUCGGGCUGGAGAAGGGAUUGGUCGCAGACGGAGAGACGCAUCUCAUUCUGCUCGAACUACGGCUUGAAACCGGCGACCUGGCAGGGGCAAAACAAGCCUACGAACAGGUCGGCUACUCCGAACCUUGGGCCACCGAAUCGGGAUCCGGCAUCUUCAACAACUUUCGACGAUUGUCCAACCGAUUUCUGACGCUGCUGUCUCGGCAAGUACCCCCAGACUUUGGGCUGAUCCUCGGCCUCAUCCGGGCUGUCGAGGAGGAGCAGAUGCUGCUGGACCCAGAAACGUUGAUCUCUUGUCUGUCCACUCGUUCCACUAUAGCGAGCAACAACGGCAAGUCGUGCAAAACGCCUUUGUCGCAUUCUGCCUCGACUCUGGCGUCAGCACGUCUCGCGCUUGGGGGGGCAUACCAACUCCUCCAGCAGCUCUUCCAAGACACGAGCUUGGAGCUGCGGAUGAAGCUCAUGGCGGCCUUUUUCGACCGCGGCCGACCAGACAUGGCCGCGCAUGUUUUCGGACACAUGCGCCAACACCGCAACAAGUCCUACCACCCUACGAUGGAAACGUAUAUUCAGUAUUUGGAAGGGGUCACGCAGCACCCGGACCCCGAGGGGCUCCUGAUGAUACACAAUAUGCUGAAGAUGGACACCACGACGCAGCCAGACACGAGGCUCCACACGGGCCUCAUGCUGGCUUACACGGCUUGCGGCAAGCCAAGCACGGCGUUGGAUUUCUGGUACGAGAUUACCCAAUCCGCGGAAGGGCCGUCGUACGCCAGCCUAGAAGCCGCCCGAGAAAUAUGGGAGAGAAUCGAGAGCAUGGAUUUGGAGGUGCCCCCUGCCGUGUACAACGCCUACGUGGGGGCGAUUGCUGGCAACGGCAACGAAAAGGAAGUUCGUGGCCUGAUUGCCAACAUGGCGUCGUAUGUUGGAUCGGAGCCGGAUUUCAUGACGUUGGCUAUUGCGCACAAUGCACUGCCCGGACAGGAGCUGCAAUCGAGUUUCCGCGACUGGGCCAAGAAAAGCUAUCGCGCGGCAUGGGCGGAGUUGGACAAGGUGAGCAGGCGUCUGGACGAGUUUGGCCUGUGCCGAAUCAAGAUCAAGCGAGUUAUGAAGACGUGA